CCAGCAGCGCAUCGACUUACAUUAUCUGCGUCUUUCUACAAGAAAACAGCAAAUUCUUCAAUCGAAAAUGAGUGGUAGAGGCAAAACCGGUGGCAAGGCCAGAGCAAAAGCUAAGACUCGCUCAUCCAGAGCCGGGCUUCAGUUUCCCGUCGGCCGUGUUCACAGACUUCUUCGCAAAGGUAACUAUGCAGAGCGUGUUGGUGCUGGAGCUCCAGUUUAUCUCGCCGCUGUGCUCGAGUAUCUUACUGCUGAGAUCCUGGAGUUGGCCGGAAACGCCGCUCGUGACAACAAGAAGACUCGCAUCAUUCCCCGUCAUUUACAGCUGGCAGUGCGUAACGACGAGGAGUUGAACAAACUCUUGGGCCGCGUGACCAUCGCUCAGGGCGGUGUGUUGCCCAACAUCCAGGCUGUGUUGUUGCCAAAGAAGACCGAGAAGCCCGCUAAAGCAAAGUAAACUAUCCAGUUUUCCAGAACUAAACAAAAGGCUCUUUUAAGAGCCACCCACUUGAACUUUUAAAGAGUGAAAUUUUGUUUUAGUUCAUUUAAGAUUAUCUGCAUCUAUUAGAUGUCUAUUGUUCUGCAUAUUUUUUAUAUCUCCUUUAUUUGACACAUCUGAUUCAAAUAAUCAGUUCAGUAGAGAUCUAUGUGAACUGAACAGAGUCGAUCAGAUAAGAGAGAAUCGCUGAUCAUACUAACGUUUCAUUUAAGUCGUUGAUUUCACUUUAACGUUAGUCUUAAAAAUAUAAAAAUCAGUGUAAGGCCAUGUUAUUGUUUUUUACAGCAUGUAGGGUUAUGUUCUGUAAGAACUUAAAAAUCCCCCGAAUGUGCAAUGCCGUGUUAGUUACCCACAACAUUGUAGCUUUUAAAGUUUACAUGCAGUGCUGACACAUGAUAAUACAACGUAUGCCUAUUAAAACAAAUAAAAUCGUCUGGUGAAUGAAUGCGGUUGUACUGGUAAUUUUGUCUAAUGCAUUUUUAUAUUGGUUUAGCUUAAUCUCUUCAGGACAGUAAGAUAUUUAACAUUGAACCAUUAUAAUAAAUAUUUGAUGCAUUAAAACCGCUUAAACUUCUGCUUUAUGAAGGAUUUCGAGCGGGAAACACCGCUUGUUUG